AUGACUCUUUGGCAAACCGCACUCGACGCCAUGGGUGAUGGACCAAUGGUCAACGCCUUUGACCUUGGACGUGCCAAGUCCGCCAGAGUGACCCAGUCACUUGCUAUGAAUCCUGAGGACUUGUACGGGCCUCGAGCAGCAGCUUUUGGAGCUAUCGAGGCGGGCUUCGUUCUCACUGCCAUGGGUGGACCUCUCGGAAUUGCUCCACUUAAAUAUGUACGCACUUUCUUUGAAGAGGAAAGACUGCCUUGGGACGAGGGUUGGAGACCGUUCUACGAAGCUACGAAUGCCGCCACUACGAUCGCCGUAGCUGCGGCAUCGUUGGCAGCGGACCCCAAUAUCCUCCCCAAUGCUGUCAGAGUCAUCAUUGGUACUCCAUCAGUAUGUGUCUGCUCCUUCUUGGGAACAAUCAUUCGCUCACAUAUCCUUUCUAGGAACUUCUCGAGACUGUGA